UUUUUUUUAUAAUUUUAUACCUGAUUCCUGAAACUCAGAACCUGAUACGGUGAGGUGAGCAGUUGAGACUUGAGAGAGGCGGAGAGCAGAGCAUCAGAGAGAGAACAGACUGAACAGUGGAGACUGGAGACUAGAGAGAGGCGGAGAGCAGAGACUAGAGAGAAAGUUGUAAUGGACAUGGAAUGGUCUGAUUCGAAGUAUGAACACCGUGAGGAGAGGGAUGAUGAGUCUCCUAUGCGAGAACAUUAUGAUGAUUUAGAACGGGAUGGGACUGAUAAAUCGAGCAAGCACCGAAGCAAGGAUAGGAAGAAGGGUAGUCGAGGAGGGGAAGAUAAGGAACAUAGGAGUAAAGACCGAGAACGAUCAAAGAGAAGUAGCGAUGAUGUUGUGAAGGAAAGAGAGAAAGAAAGCAGUAGGGAUAGGAGGAAAGAUGAUAGAGAUGAGCGAGAGAAGGAUAGGAGCAAAGAUAGUAAGGUGAGGGACAAAGAAUAUGAUAGGGAAAAAUAUAGAGAGAAAGAGCGCGAUAGGGAUAAAGAUAGAAAAGAUCGAGGGAAAGACCGUGAGAGGGAGAGGGAGAGGGAGAGAGAUGCAGAGAAGGAUAGUGAUCGAGGACGAGACAAGGAGAGGGUAAAGGAGAAGAACAGGGAUAGGGAUAGAGAUAAAGAAAGAGAAAAGGAAAAGGAUAGGCCAAAGGAAAAGGAAAGGGAAAAGGAGAGAGAUAAAUAUAAGGAUCUUGAAGGAAGCAAAUCUAAGAUGGACCAUGAAGAUAAUAGGGAUAGGGAUGCUUCCAAGCAAGGGAGGUUAUCCCAUCAUGCUGAGAUUGAAGAAAAUACUGAGGGGUCAUUAGGUGGAGCGCACUUGUCGGCAUCAGAGCUUGAGGAGCGAAUAUUGAAGAAAAGAGAAGAAAGAUUGAACAAAAAUUCUGAAGGUGUUUCUGAAGUUUUGUCAUGGGUUAGUCGGAGUCGUAAGCUUGAGGAGAAAAGGAUUGCUGAAAAGGAGAAAGCAUUGCGGCUCUCAAAGAUUUUUGCGGAACAGGACAAUGUUGGUCAAGGAGACAGUGAAGAUGAGGAAGAAAGCCACGGUACUGCGCAUAAUCUGGCAGGAGUUAAAGUUCUUCAUGGCAUUGACAAAGUAGUGGAAGGUGGGGCAGUUGUUUUAACACUAAAAGAUCAGAACAUACUUGCAGAUGGUGACAUCAAUGAAGAGAUUGAUAUGCUUGAGAAUGUUGAACUUGGAGAACAAAAGCAGCGAGAUGAGGCUUACAAGGCUGCAAAGAAGAAAACAGGGAUCUAUGAGGAUAAGUUUAAUGAUGAUCCCAGUGCAGAGAAGAAAAUGUUGCCGCAGUAUGAUGACCCCACUGCAGAUGAGGGGUUAGCUCUGGAUGAAAGAGGACGCUUCUCUGGCGAAGCAGAGAAAAAACUCCAAGAGCUUCGUAAAAGGUUAGAGGGUGCUUCCAAUAACAUUCACUUUGAAGAUCUCAAUGCAAUUGGGAAGAUCACAUCAGAUUACUAUACUCAAGAAGAAAUGCUUAAAUUUAAAAAGCCCAAGAAAAAGAAAUCCUUGCGGAAGAAAGAGAAGCUGGAUUUGGAUGCGCUUGAAGCAGAAGCUCUCUCUUCAGGCUUGGGAGUUGGGGAUCUUGGCUCUCGGAAUGAUGCAAGGAGGCAAGCCAUCAAAGAGGAGCAAGAAAGAGCAGAGGCUGAAUUGAGAAAAAAUGCAUACCAGUCAGCUUAUGCUAAAGCCGAUGAGGCAUCAAAAUCACUGCGGAUGGAACAAACUCUUCCUGUUAAAUUAGAGGAAGAUGAGAAUCCUGUUUUUGCAGAUGAAGAUGAUGAUCUUUAUAAAUCUUUAGAAAGAGCAAGGAAAUUGGCUCUUAAAAAGCAAGAGGAGGAGGCAGCAUCUGGUCCUCAAGCAAUUGCACGUCUUGCCACUACUGCCAGCAGUCAAACUGCAGAAGAUAUAAACCCCACAACUGGAGAGUCGCAAGAAAACAAGGUUGUCUUUACAGAGAUGGAGGAGUUUGUCUGGGGUCUCCAGCUUGAUGAAGAAGCCCGUAAGCCUGAAAAUGAAGAUGUUUUUAUGCAAGAAGAUGAAGAGCCAAGAGUUUCCGAUGAAGAAGUAAAAGAUGAGGCUGGUGGAUGGACCGAAGUUAAAGAUGUCAGUAAAGAUGAGCACCCUGCGGAUGAGGACAUGGAGGAGAUAGUUCCAGAUGAAGCUAUCCAUGAAGUUGCAGUUGGGAAAGGGUUAUCAGGUGCGCUGAAGCUGCUUAAAGAUCGAGGAACACUUAAAGAAAGCAUCGAGUGGGGUGGCAGAAACAUGGACAAGAAGAAGAGCAAACUCGUGGGUAUUGUAGAUGAUGAUGAACCAAAGGAGCCUCGUUCAUCCGCUCUAGUCGAUUUUAAAAAGGAGAUUCGCAUUGAGCGGACAGAUGAAUUUGGGCGAAUCAUGACUCCAAAGGAAGCCUUUCGUAUGAUUUCGCAUAAGUUUCAUGGGAAGGGUCCUGGCAAAAUGAAGCUAGAAAAACGCAUGAAGCAAUACUAUGAAGAAUUGAAGUUGAAGCGCAUGGAGAAUUCAGAUACACCAUCAAAGGCUGUGGAGAAGAUGAAGGAAGCUCAAAUGCAGUUAAAGACGCCCUAUCUUGUCCUUAGUGGUCAUGUUAAACCAGGGCAAACUAGUGAUCCUAGAAGUGGUUUUGCUACUGUUGAGAAGGACUUUCCUGGGGGCUUGACGCCAAUGCUUGGUGAUAGAAAGGUUGAGCAUUUCUUGGGGAUAAAGCGUAAAACUGAGCCAGCAAAUUCAGCACCAAAGAAGCCUAAACCUUGAAGUUAAUUUUGGGUGGAAUAUAGAAGCUGAGUUAGUGUUCUUGUUCUAAAGAGGGUGCCAUCAGAGGACAUUAAUGAGUUGGUUUCCUGCCACUAUUAAUGCAGCAUUGGAGUGUGUUAGGCGAAUAGCUGACUGACAUCUGUUAUGGUCAUGGAGAGAGAAGAGAGUAGAGUUGGCUGGCAUUUCUAUUAGGUGAAUAUUUUUUUUUUAACAGAAAAGAGCUAUGGCUUACCAAAAUUUUGCUCAUUAUUAAUACUAUACACACUUUGCUUGAGCAGUGUUGCAUCCCCCCUCUCUCUAUCUCUCUGAAUUAACAUGCUGAAUCAACUGGAUUUUACCAUCAACAGCUCAAGUCAAAUGUGAAAACUGCAUUUUGUUAAUUAAUUCCUUGGCCUGAACCCCGAUUCUUUAACAGAAUCCGCAUAGAUUGAUGUAAUAUUUGCCCCGCUGAUACUUGUGUGCAUGCUUGCUUAUGUUAAGAGAUGCUUUCCAUUGUAAAGCCA